CUUUACUCCGGCGAGGAGCGGAGGGCGCCGGACUCCGGCGGCGCCUCGGACGCCGAGUCGGAGGUGUGUCCGGGGACUCCGACUUCCACCGCGGAGGCAGUGGAGGAAGAAAUGGCAGGUCCCAGUCAACUCUGCAUUCGCCGCUGGACUACCAAGCACGUAGCUGUGUGGCUGAAAGAUGAAGGCUUUUUUGAGUAUGUGGAUAUCUUAUGCAACAAGCACCGACUUGAUGGACUCACACUACUGACGCUGACUGAAUAUGAUCUCCGCUCUCCUCCUUUGGAAAUCAAAGUCCUAGGGGACAUUAAACGGUUAAUGCUCUCAGUCCGAAAAUUGCAGAAAAUACAUAUUGAUGUUUUAGAGGAGAUGGGCUACAACAGUGACAGUCCCAUGAGCUCCCUGAGUCCGUGCAUCAGUGCUCUGCAGGGUACAGACUGGCUGUGCAAUGGGGAACCUUCCCAUGACUGCGAUGGACUUCUCACUGACCUGAGCGCCGAUCAGUACCAGUACAUGAAUGGCAAAAGCAAGCAUUCUGUUCGAAGACUGGACCCAGAGUACUGGAAGACCAUACUGAGCUGUGUGUACGUUUUUAUAGUGUUCGGGUUUACUUCGUUCAUUAUGGUUAUAGUCCAUGAGCGGGUGCCUGACAUGCAGACCUAUCCGCCACUUCCAGACAUCUUCCUGGACAGCGUUCCCAGAAUCCCGUGGGCCUUCGCCAUGACGGAAGUGUGUGGCGUGAUUCUAUGCUACAUUUGGCUCCUGGUUCUUCUUCUUCACAAGCACAGGUCAAUCCUUCUGCGAAGGCUCUGUAGCCUGAUGGGCACUGUCUUCUUGCUUCGCUGCUUUACCAUGUUUGUGACCUCCCUGUCCGUGCCGGGACAGCACCUGCAGUGCACUGGAAAGAUCUAUGGCAGUGUGUGGGAGAAACUACGUCGGGCCUUUGCCAUUUGGAGUGGCUUCGGAAUGACCCUGACUGGCGUUCACACCUGCGGAGAUUACAUGUUCAGUGGCCACACGGUCGUCCUAACUAUGCUGAAUUUCUUCGUCACUGAAUAUACACCAAGGAGCUGGAAUUUCUUGCACACCUUGUCUUGGGUUCUCAACCUCUUUGGGAUCUUCUUCAUCCUGGCUGCCCAUGAACAUUACUCCAUCGACGUCUUCAUUGCCUUCUACAUCACAACGCGGCUCUUCCUGUACUACCACACUCUGGCCAACACCAGGGCCUAUCACCAGAGCCGGAGAGCGCGGAUUUGGUUUCCCAUGUUUUCUUUCUUCGAGUGCAAUGUUAACGGCACAGUACCUAAUGAAUAUUGUUGGCCGUUUGCAAAACCAGCAGUAAUGAAAAGACUGAUUGGAUGAUGUUAUCUUUGUAAUGAGUCUGUGACUAAGUAUACAGUAGUUGUUGAAUAACUUUGCUUUCUCUUGUUAGGUUGUUCCUGGAUGUGUUGCAUUUUGACUUACACAUUGACAGAGUUCCCGUUCUGAGCAAGGGUACGGCUGUAAAAAGCAAGAAAGAACAAUGAAGAAUCCUUACCUAGCUGUUUGAACAGAAAGCUUAAGUAUAGGUUUUCUGCACCCCCAUUUUAAGAAGAUUCAAAUAUUUGAUUGAAGUCAGGCUGUGGCCUCUUACCGUUAAGUAUUUAUUUAUUGAACCUAAGCAAAUCGGCAUAAGCAGUUUGCUGGUUGAAGGAAUUUUAUGAAUUUCUAGCAGUGCUCUAGUUAAGAAAUGAUAUUUUUUGAAGCUCCUUAUCUUUAAAAGAUAAAACUGUACUGAGUGAGCAAUACUUGUUCUUUGGACUAAUCUCUGUGUGUGUCUGGAAAGUGAUUUGUUUUAUUGACGAAUAUGUUUUGCUUUCUGAAUUAUCUUUAAGAAAGGACGCUGAGCGUAUACCAUGCCUGAGAUGGGAACGAAGCCGGCCGUCCCAGAGGUGACCGUGCUGAGGAGGGGUCCCAGGCCUUCUCAUGGGUGUGAGUGCAGGGCUGGCAUUUCUCACCAAAGAUGUAACAAAAAUGCAGCUCGGAUCUUGCUGUGAGGGUUCGAAACGAAGGUCGGCAAGUGCUCUUGAGGGAACUCUGGCAGCAUUUAUAAAAAUACUGAAUAAUUGUAGUGGUAUAGGUACCUGGAGUAACUCUGCGCUGUCAUUGUUAGACGGAUGACAGCCCAGUUUAAUACUUCAAGCGAUAUUCUUCAGUGCGCCAAAUAGGAGUGUCUUGGAGCUGGGGAUUUAGCUCAGCGGCGCAGCGCCUGCCUGCAAGCGUGAGGUUGUGAGUUUGAUUCCCGGUACCAGAAAAAAACAAACAAACAAACAAAAAAAAACAAAGAGGAGUGUCUUACCAGAUGUUAAGUUCUCAUGGCAGUAAGUAGGGAAGUACGCAUGCAGAGAAAAGAAAUGAAUAACAAGUUGUGGGAAUAGUGUUAACGUUUAAAUUUUUGCAAUUUCUUUCUUGGUCAUCGGUGAGCAGUAUGAGACAUGUUAGGAUACACAAAAAAGCUGUGCUGCUUUUUACUUGUAAAAACAAGUGUGUACAUACAUUCUUUCUGUGUAGUCUUCAUUUGCCGGUCAGGAGAUGAUACAGCUUAGCUGCCGCUCACAACACUAGGAAUUUAAUAUCUUAAGUAACUUCAUCUCUGUGAGAACAUUUGUCACUUUAUUUUUAAAGAUUUUUUUACAUAGCAGUAUGACAUAGCAGGUUGUGCCAUUGGAAACUGACCCCAACUGAUGAACUUAGCUGUUUAGAAUAUCCACUGUGUAGUUGUUGCAUUCCAUUUCUAACCAGGAGUGAGUUAGUGGAGGUGCUGGCGUUCUGAGGCCUAAAAUUAGGUCACAGGAGAAGCCUGCUUCUUCCUUGCCUAGGGGAAGUAUUUUUUGCACUUCAAGUCAUCUUCUACUCCUGUAUAAGCUACAGAGGAGCCUGAAUGAGUUGGAUAGGAGAGGAACAGUAUGGGAAGAUGCUUCAGCCAGUGCUGAGUGACCCAAAUUGGGAGUCUGCUCUGGACAUAAUUUAUUUCUUACUUGAGAAAUGAUGCCAGGCAAUUCAGAUGUUAUUGUGCUUUUAAAUCUUAUAUUCAGAAUCUUAUAGUAUCUUAAAUUGUUGGUUCUGUUACGUGCUAGAGGCAGAAAUACCAGCAUGUUAUCAAAAGAAAUUGCAUAAUCACAAGGGACGAAGGUUGUUUCCUAUGCUCCCUGGAUUGGUUUGACCUUUGAGGUCAAAAGACUUUACUGACUUGUGUUUUCUCUCAAAUGACAGAACAGGGUUAGAAUUAAGCCCACGAGAGACUGAUUUUGGCUUUUGGUACCAUGUUCCAAAAAAGUCUGUGGCAAGAUUAAUUUUAAAAUGUUAAAUAACCAUUAGUAGUAAAUAUCUUCUUUCCUUCAAUGGAUUGCAUCGUAGGAAAAGCUAGAAAAAUAUAAUGGCAACUAAAUUUGCAGAGCUUUUGACAAGGAGAGUGCCUAAACAGACUGCAGUGAGAAUCGUAAAAUCACUUUUCAAGUUUGCAUUUGCUCCUUUCUUUUGAGAAAAAAGUAAGCUAGAUUUAUAAUUUAUUGUUGUCACUAUUGCAAGGCACUGUUUACAUAAAUUAAUCAUCUCCAGACCUUUUUUGGAAAUCUCUGAGACAGAAUUAUUUCAGUCAUUUACAGACACAGAAUCCAUAUUUUAGUCAUUUUUGUUUUGUCCAGGAAUUUCCCGAAUUUUUGUCUUUGUGCUUUUUUUCCUUAUUAAAAGCCUAACUGGGGCCGGGGAUAUAGCUCAGUGGCAUAAGCUCCUGCUUGGCAAGUGCAAGGUCCUGAGUUCAAUUCCCUGUACCAAAAAAAAAUAUAAAAGCCUAACUGUAGUGAAGAUAGACUUUAUGUUUACAUUUGGGUGUGAAUGUUACGGGGUAGAGAAGCUGCAGGCCUUGUGGCUACCUUUUUUUAAAAACCACAUUAGUUAGGUUCUGGUGUCGCAGAUUUGUGGGAGGCCUGCUUUCUGGAGAGCUUACUGCAGAGGGAGCCACGAGGGUUGGGUUUGGAGCGCAAACUGGAGUUCGUGUUGGAAGUCCAGGUGGCAUUGUCUCUGAUCCCUGGAGCAGUGUUGCCCCCCUUUUUUUUAAAGGACCAGGCGGGAUGGCGUUUCUGAGAAGCAGCUGAAGCGGGUAGGUAGUAAGGUUUUGAAGAUGGCAGGUUGGAUGUUACCAUCGCAUGAUCUGGGGCAGCUUCUUUUGGCUGUGCUGAAUUCUCAACAUGGUAUCCUCUCCAUAGUUCUCUGGGCCAGAAUAGCUGGAGCGAACACUCAGCCUCCCUCUGCUGCUCUGUGUAUUAAUAUCCUCCUCAGAUAGCAGUGAGCCUGACCUUAGUCCCCCUCAGUUGGCAAAGUGUGGGCCGCUGACAGCGUCAGACUCGACAGAGCGGUGAUCGGUCCUGCUGCCCUUGCCUGCGGGUUAGGACUGAGAAUCCCAGCACCUCUGUAAUGUGGACAUGGGGAACAGAGAAACCACGUCCUUCCGUAGCCGGGGGCAAGCAGUCAGUUGGAGGACUGUCGACACAGAAAGCAUCAGUCAUGUACUUCCAGAGUUGUACUCCUACCGCUAAUCUCCUUUGACUGUACUCAGCAAAAGGCGGUUUCAAGGCUUCUGGAUCCAAAACGCUUAAGGAUGUUAGACAUAGUCUUGUUGAAACUCUGAUUAAUGAAUUUGCCUUUUUGGAGGCUGCCAUUAUCCCAUGCUAAGAGUCAUUACAGUCGAGCCAUUUGUCAGUUCUUCAGGUGUUCACCCAUUGGAGAGAAAGGAGCUCUCUUUUAGAAUAGCCCAUUUGCUUUUUAAAACAAUACUGGUUUCAUUUAGGCAAUUUCAAAGCCAACAAAGCGUGUCAGUUUUAAUGGCAGCUUUAGCUGACCGAUUAGGCAGUUGGUAUCUGUAAAGUUUAUCCUGAGCAGGGCAUGGCGGCGCACGCCUGGGAUCCCGGCACUGGGACCCAGGCAGGAGCAGGGUGAGCUCAAGGCCGGCCUGGGCGCAUGGGGAAACCCUGCCUCGGAGAAGCAGUGCAGCCUGAGCUACCCUUGCGCCGCUGUGGUGCAGAAUUGUCAGGUAGCAAAGGUCGGAACACUUGAGGUGACCUGUGAGAGCAGGAGAGGUCCAGUCGGUGUGGGUUUGUUUCCUCCGUCUUGACUUCCCUCUGAGUUCUUCCCCUCUGACCUCACAGCAAGCGAGCAACACUUACUUCAGAGACUCACAAGUCACUAAUUCCUGUGUGUCAAGUUCAGCGCACAGAGCUGCAGUCUGUAAGCCAUGAUCUCACCGCCCAGUAAGCUGCUUUCUAAAAUACAUGCUGCUGCGGACCAGCUGCGGGACUCUCGGCCGUGGGGCGAAGCCGCAGAAGGCGCGCUGUGACCUCGCUGCGCUUUAUGCGCGCUGCAGUCCGGGGAACAAGCUCGGACGCAGCCAAGAGACCCUACCAGCCAGCAGCGCAGUCUCAGAGUGUUCCGCGUACAGAUGUUUCCAUGCGGAGAGCCACGACUUGUUAGAGCAGCGAAGUGUUUCUAACGGAGCGGAAGCGGGGAAGCGCGCGGAGCUUGGACUGCCGCGGCUGUGUCUGGGUCUGAGGGUUCUGCCAGAAGGCUCCUGUCCGCAGAGAAACUAGUAUUACUUCGGAUGGGAGAGUGGUAGCAUACCUUGCAGUACCGCAUUGUACAUAAGUAAAUAUCUUGGUUCUAAAUUAAAUUCAGAUUUAACUAAUAUAUAUUAUUUUAUAUCUUUGUUGUAUUAAAAUGUUUAAAAACACUAAAAAUAAAACAUUCAAAAGUUGGA